GUCUAAAGGCGCAUACGUCGUUUGGACAAGAUCAGUGCGAGCAGAAGUCGCGAAUAGUACGGACGACUGGUAAAAUUUCAAAGCAGUCGUGGUAUUGAAAUUGCGGAAUUACACUCAAACACCGGGAGUGUUUUCCAAUUGGUCACAAAAUAAUAUAAAGUGUAAAAUUUUCAAUAUAAGCACUUGCAUAAAAGUCAAUUUGUGGAUAAAUAAGUGCUCGAACGUGGAAAAGAAGUAUAGAAGCAAAUAAACUUGUGAUAAAUUUUCUUCCGUGGAAUCUAAGAAAGUAAAUUUGGUAAUAAAUAAACAUGCCACCAAAUGCUACAGCAAAUACACAAUCGAUAACCAACUCUUUGGUUAACGGAGAGAGUGAUGAUUCGAAAUCGCUGACUGAUAACUCCACAGGUGUACUCUUCGAACAGGAUGCGGAAACCUAUGAUGGUGGCCUUGUGAAGGACAUUGAAAUAUUGAAGAAAGCUGAAAAACGAAGACUCAAGCUGGUUUGGCGCAAUAUAAUCGCAUUCGUCUACGUACAUUUAGCUGCUGUAUAUGGCCUGUGGCUGAUGUUGACCUCAGCCAAAUGGCAAACUAUCACUCUCGCAUUGUUCUUAUACGUUAUCUCCGGACUGGGUAUAACCGCGGGAGCACAUCGCCUUUGGGCUCAUCGCUCCUACAAAGCUAAAUGGCCACUACGUGUAAUUUUAAUGGUCUUCAACACAAUCGCCUUCCAGGAUGCAGCCUAUCACUGGGCACGUGACCAUCGUGUGCAUCACAAAUAUUCCGAAACGGAUGCUGAUCCACAUAAUGCCACACGUGGUUUCUUCUUUUCGCACAUCGGCUGGCUGUUGUGCAAAAAACACCCUCAGGUCAAAGCCAAAGGUAAAGGUAUGGACUUAUCCGAUCUACGUGCUGACUCUGUUUUGAUGUUCCAGAAAAAAUAUUACAUGAUUUUGAUGCCAAUUCUAUGCUUUUUGAUACCAACUCUAAUUCCGAUGUACGCUUGGGAUGAAAAAUUCGUCAACUCGUGGUUUGUUGUUGCUAUGUUCCGUUGGUGUUUCACCUUAAACGUAACUUGGUUGGUGAAUAGCGCAGCCCACAAAUUUGGUGGCCAACCUUAUGACAGAUUUAUUAAUCCAGCCGAAAAUAAAUCAGUAGCUUUCUUCGCAUUCGGUGAAGGAUGGCACAACUAUCAUCACGUAUUCCCAUGGGAUUACAAGACCGCUGAACUCGGUGAUUAUUCGUUGAACUUGACCACAGCUUUUAUUGAUUUCUUCGCCAAAAUCGGUUGGGCAUACGAUCUAAAGACGGUGUCGCGCGACAUUAUCGAGAAGCGUGUUAAACGUACGGGCGAUGGUACACACUCCACUUGGGGCUGGGGCGAUCAGGAUCAGUCUAAAGAAGAAAUGGCGGAUGCGUUAAUUACACACAAAAAAGCCGAAUAAAAUGUAUAUGAAGGGUCCAGCAAAGAGCGGCAGAUCAAAGUGAGCGUGUGUGUAUGUGAGAAGACAACGAUAAAUUUGUUGGAAAAUUUAGUGUGGGUGAAUAUCAGCGAAACUAAUAGAGACCGACUGCUGAACGAGUCAUCUCUUAGGUUAUAGAAAUACAAAAACUUGUAUAUGAAUAAUGUAGUGUUGUGAAUGUGUGGAGUUUUCAAACAAUACCGUAAAAACAAUAUGGCAUGGCAUCAAAGAGUUUAACAAGAUUCGCUUUUGUUUUUGCAAUGUAAACUAAUAAAUCAUUAUAAUGAAGUAAAAUAGCUAAUCAAUUUUUGUAUACAUACAAACAUACUAUGUACCAUCAUUUGAUAAUUGUAUUAAUUAAUUUUUCCAUAACGUGUCUUGAAAUUUAUUUAUACCGAGGGUCUCGUGAUCUCAGAAUUGUACGCUAGCACAUAAGCAUAUACAUUUAUCAAAUAAAUGAGG